UCCCGACAUAUAAUUUUGAGGUUACAUAAACCUAUAAAAUUUAAACAAAUUACCCUUUAUCUAUGUCGUAAACCAUUCCCUUGAGGAAUAAUUCCAUUGUACACGUUUACCCACAAAUUCGAACACCCGUGGCUAGCGUGAGAUUAUGUGGCAAAAUGGCAAGUACAAGACCCAUGAUAGUGGCCCCCAUUUACGCAAGAAUCUUAUCAAAAUUUCCCCAAAACUUCACCUUCUGUUUCGCUUACGGUUCCGCUGUGAAAAAACAAAUCGAAAAGAAGCCAAAGGACAACAUGAUCGAUUUAAUUUACUGUGUUGAUAACCCCAGUGCUUGGCACGAAGCGAACAUGAAGGAGAAUUUCUCGCAUUACAGCGGAUUGAAGUACUUCGGGCACAAUUUUGUGGCCCAAUUCCAGGAGAAUUUCGGUGCGAAGGUGUAUUUUAACACGUUGGUGCCACUGGAGGGGGUUUGGAUCAAAUAUGGGGUUAUUACCACCAAGGAUUUGGUCACGGAUUUGCUCGAAUGGUCGGAUUUGUACCUGGCAGGCCGGUUGCACAAACCGGUGGAAAUAAUCAAGAAAAGUUCAAGUGCGGAGUUGCAAACUGCGUUGCAGUUGAAUUUGCAAUCGGCGGUGCAUUGUGCACUUUUGCUACUACCUGAUACUUUCAGUGAAUACGAAUUUUAUUACACCAUUAGUAAUAUAAGUUAUUCGGGUGAUUUUCGGAUGACUUUUGGGGAAAAUAAGAACAAGGUUGAGAAUAUAGUCAAGCCACAAGUUCAGUCAUUUAGAAAUUUGUAUGGGCCUUUUAUCAGUACUUUGACCGAUUAUGUGGACUUUCCGAUACUACAAGAAACUGAUAAGGAGAAACAGAAAGUCAGUUCUUCUUGUUCGCAAGAUGUUAGUCCUUUAGCAAGACUCCACCAUUUGAAUCAGCUGCCAAGAUGGCCGCAAAAGGCCUUGACUAGGUUUUGGAACAAGGGGGUACUUAGACAAGACACUGAGGAUGUCCUAAGGGCUGUAGCGUAUGAUCCUGAUUGCGAUCUGAUAGUUGCCACUUGUAUUCGAGACAUUGUUUUUAAAUCUUCGGCUAGACAGAGUUUGAAAUCAAUCGCCACAGCAGGACUGUUGAAAAGUGUCAGAUAUAGUUCUAGGAAAAUUCUUAAAAUGUUGUCUUAAAAAUAGAAAUUGUAGUUGUAGAUUAGGGGACCAAGUUACCUCACGUUUUAUACACCAAAGCCUCGGCUGUGUUUUUUUUUUUUCACUAAAACCACUUUUGUUUGCAGAAAAAUGAACCAGUUCUCUGACU